AUGGACAAAAAUGAAGAAGUUGUAGAAUGCAUUAAUAGCGAAGAACACGUUGAUGGAAAAGUUGGAGGAAUCCCCAGCCUCAGAAAUUACCGUUACUUCGUGAAUCGGGAAAUGAGCAAGCGAUACCUGGAUGCACUAAAUGACCAGGGUUUCACUGGUUUCGACAAAAGGGCAUUCGAUUCGAUCAGUGAUCCAGGUUUUACAGGAUUCGAUAAACGAUUUCAGAAUCACCUAAUAACAGAGAGCGAGAUGCAAAAACGAGCGCUGGACGCGCUAACAGAUGGUGGCUUUACUGGAUUUGAUAAACGAGCUUUGGUCUACGUCCGUUGA